AUGCAAAUCAAAGAAGAAAUCCCCAAUGAAAUUGCUCAUUUAAUCCCAUCUAAAAGAUCUCGUUCUCCAACUCUUCUGUUGUCCGACACUGACUCCAAUUCUCAUAUCACCAACAAUACUACUACUACUACUACUACUACUACUACUACUACUAAUAAUAAUAAUAAUAAUAAUACACCAAUUCAUCAUCAUAAGAAAAAUCAUAAAAAUCAUCAUCUAUUCACAAAUAACUAUCAUCAUCAUAAUAGCCACACAAACAUAUUUACAAAUCCAAACACUCCCAAUCCCAAUGAUAAUUCAAAUUCAAAUUCAAAUUCAAUUCCACAAAAUGAUCCAGAUAAUCAAAAUAAUUUGAAAAAAUUAUUACAGGUCUUCAAUCUAAAAGAUAUAAUGGAUGAUACCAUCUCCUCAAUCCCUUCCAAAAAAUUAUCUGUAAAGAUUCACAAUACUUCUUUAUUAUCUUCCGAAGAUAUCAAAAUCUUAAAAUCAAAAGAUACUGAUUUUCAAUCAAAUAAUCACAACCAUAGCAAUAGUAAUAACAAUAUCAAUAGUGAUAACGAUAACGAUAACGACAGCCAAAUGGAGAUAGAAAAUAAUCAAAAUCAACUACCUUUCUAUUUCUUAGAAGAAGACGUUGUUAAUAGACGCUACUUCAAAUACAGACCCUUAAGACCAAACUUAUACCUAAUAGCUAAUCGCUCUUGUGGAACCAGCGACUUGCCACCUUAUAAAUCAAGAUUGAGCUAUUUUAGUAGAUCAAAAGGUGCUUAUACGAACAAAAAUUUAGAUAUGGUUUCAACAAACCAAGGCUGGAGAAGUAUCAAGACAAAUGUUGCAAUCUCUGAAGGAACUUGGUACUUUGAAUUUCUAAUAAUAAACGCAAACGAUGAAAUAGUAGAUCAUAAUACCAACACAAAUAAUAAUAACAACAACUUUAAUCAAACAAAUUUUAGCAACAAAUACAUCACCAACAACAAAAACAAUAAUGACCAUAACAAUGAAAAUUUCAAUAUUAGAAACUUUUCUCCUCAUGUUAGAAUUGGAAUUGGAAGAAGAGAAGCUGUAAACGAAGCUCCAGUAGGUUACGAUGCCUACAGUUAUGGCUUACGAGAUAUAACUGGCCAAAAAGUCCAUCUUUCAAAACCAAAAGAGUUCAUGAAAUCUGGUUUCAAGUCUGGUGAUGUUAUCGGGUUUUUAGUCAAUUUGCCUUCUUUUGAAAUCCAAAAGGAAAUCGCUAAAAAACAACUUGAGAAGGGCACUUUAAGUGAUCCGUAUAACGAAAAUUGCAACAAUUUCUUUAUAAAUGAAUUUAAAGACAAGUCUAAAAAUGAAAAAAAAUUAAAACAAACCAUAAAUAAAAUUAAAUCUCUAAAUUUCGAUGAUAUUCAAUACAUAACAAGAGAUCAUUUUCCUGUCAAGUAUAAAAGCAAACUUUACUAUGAAUCAUUUGAAUAUGUUUCCUCAAAAGAAAUGGAACAUCUUCUAAAUCCAUUAACUGUUUUUGGUGAAAUGGCCAUACCAGAUUUUCAAAAAUUUAGACCUGCUACUUUGCCAAAUUCUUCUAUAACUGUCUUUAAAAAUGGUCAAAAUAUGGGCAAAAUGUUUGAAGAUUUAUACACGUUUUUACCGCCAAAUUCUCGUCAAGUUAAUCAAAAUAAAACGAGAAAGGAAAAUGAAGCAAUUUUCAAAAACGAUGGUUCAUUGGGCUACUAUCCUAUGAUUAGUGUAUUUAAAGAAGGCGUAGUUAAAUUUAAUCCGGGUCCAACCUUUUUAAGGUUGCCUGAAGAGAUUAAAAUUGGAAUUGAAAAUAAAUCAAUCAGAGGAUUUUAUGAGAGAUAUGAAGAUAAGAUAGUUGAAGAUGUAUUAUAUGAUAUAAUAGAUGAAAUUGAAAACGAAUUUGCAUUUGGCUAUGAAUUGUUUUAG